ACUAGAGAAUGCAGUACUUUGACAUUUAGGGAGUUCUUUACGUAUUAAGUAGUAACAUUAUGGGAAGUAUUGAAAAGGCGUGUAUUUCUGGAUUUCUUUGCCGCCUUUGCUCAGAAAUGCAUAGAACAGUUAUACACAUCUAUGGAGACCAUGGCCAGCGUUUAUGUCUUGUCGAAAAAAUCAAUGGCUAUUUGCCUAUUACUAUAUCUCCCACAGAUCCAUUACCCAAAACUAUAUGCAAGACUUGUUUAUAUCGGGUGGAACAACAUUAUACUCUUUUAAUGAGACUUACGCGUAUGAGAGAAGAACGCAAGCUUAAAUUACUGGGCUACAAAGCACAAAGGGAGGCGGAUAAUUUUUCAAUAUCCAGUGUCGAAUGUUCUGAGGAUGAAGAGCCAGCAUCUACAGGGAAUAAUAACUUGCGUGGCUCAGCUAGAAAACCCAACUCCGAUAAGUCAACAACUUCAAUUAGAAAUAUCAGAAGCAUUAAUAAUUUAGAUAUCGCAGGGACAAGCAGUACUCAGUCAAAUAUGACUAGUACCCCUAUUGCUACAGAACAUGACCCACAAGAACUUUAUCCAACGAUUUAGACGAUUACCUUUAAUAUAUCUUUGUUUAACCUAAUCAAA